UGUAGACCCUAAUUCAAUAGUCUUUUGCUCUUCUCUGGUGUGCUCUGUUCUGUUAUGCUCUCUAUUCUAUCCUUUUCUACUUCCAAAAUCCUCUGUUUUUUCUUCCAUGAAUUCACUUUCUUUAACUUCCUUCCUUUCCAUACCCUCACCACCAUGCAACUUCCAUUCCCUUCUUCAAUCCAAGCACCAACCUUUUACGCACAAUCUCCGUUCCACUGCUCUCACUCUCUCUCCAAUUUCUCUCACACCAAAACCCUCUUUGCGGCGAGCCACUGACUCGAACAUCGACGCCCCCAUUUCUCUGCCGGAGGGGGCGUCUUUUGUUUCCAUCCCAGAAAUCGUGGAGAAGGACUGGUCCGUGCUUGAUUGCGUCGAACAGCGAAGCGUGGAGCGCAUUGUGUCUGCGGGGAAGGUCCAAGAGGGUUCGAGGGUUUUGGUUUCAACUGGGUCAGAAGACUUUGUGGAUUCCUUGGUGGGGUUGACUUCCUCUCUGUUCGUUGUCCAUGACUCGCUUCUGGUGUUGGCCUGCAUCAAAGAGAAAUAUGACAGGGUUAAGUGUUGGCAAGGAGAGAUUGUACAUGUUCCGGAAAAGUGGGCUCCUUUUGAUGCUGUUUUCCUUUAUUUUCUUCCCGCGUUACCCUUCAAGCUUGACCAAAUUCUCGGAUCUUUGGCUGGGAAAUGUGCUCCAGGUGGAAGAGUGAUUAUCAGUCAUCCCAAAGGGAGAGAAGUAUUAGAACAGCAACGACAACAGUACCCAGAUGUAGUGGUUUCUGACAUACCUGAUAAAACAUAUUUGCAAAGUGUUGCAGCAGCUCACUCUUUUGAUGUAGCUGAAUUUGUGGAUGAACCUGGCCUAUACUUAGCCGUUUUGAUCUGCUCCAGGACUUAAUGCCUAGAGUAUACACAUUUUUAUUGAACUUCUUGUAUCAUGUUUUCCUUUUUUUGACUUAUAACUUGAAUUUUUAGAUGAAAAGUCAUUAAAUGAUAUAAUGUGAUCUUUUUCUCGCUUGUAAAA